AUGUAUCGGAUUUGGAACAUCUAUGCGCUUGCCGCCAUUGGCACCAUUGGCGGUAUGCUCUUUGGCUUCGAUAUCAGCUCCAUGAGCGCAUGGAUCGGCUCGGACCAGUAUCGCGACUACUUUAACGACCCUGGAUCGACCGAGCAGGGCGGCAUCACUGCCUCCAUGUCUGCCGGUUCCUUUAUCGGCGCCUUGCUUGCCGGUGUUCUCGCUGACCGACUCGGCCGACGAUAUGCUAUCAUGAUCGCUUGUGGUUUCUGGAUCGCCGGUGCUGUACUUCAGUGCUCCGCCCAGAACGUUGGCCACCUUAUCGUGGGCCGCAUCGUCAGCGGUCUUGCAGUUGGUAUCACUAGUUCUCAAGUUCUUGUGUACCUCGCCGAGCUUGCACCCUCCGACAUCCGUGGCCGUGUCGUCGGUAUCCAGCAGUGGUCGAUUGAGUGGGGUAUUCUUAUCAUGUACUUGAUCUCGUAUGGCUGCUCCAUCAACGUUGACGGCCCCGCGGCCUUCCGUAUUGCCUGGGGCAUCCAAGCCAUCCCCGGCUUCAUCCUCCUCGGUGGCCUCUUCUUCUUCCCUGAGUCGCCUCGAUGGCUCGCCCAGCACGACCGCUGGGAGGAGGCACACUUCAACCUUGCCCACCUACACGCCGGCGGUGACCUCGACAGCCCUGUUGUCUUGGCCGAGAUGGAGGAGGUCCGCGAAGCGGUCCGCAUCGCCCGAGAGUCCAAGGAUAUUGGAUACCUCGGCCUCUUUGCCCCCGGUGUGUGGAAGCGCACCAUGGUUGGUGUCAGCGUACAAAUCUGGCAGCAGUUGCUGGGCGGCAACGUCAUGCUCUACUACCUCGUGUACAUCUUCAACAUGGCUGGAAUGACUGGCAACGUUGCUCUGACAUCCUCCAUCAUCCAGUAUGUCAUCUUCCUCGUGACAACCGGCGUCGUCCUGCCCUUCAUCGAUCGCCUUGGUCGUAGAUGGCUUCUCAUCAUCGGUGCUGUCAUCUGUGGUGUUCUUCACUUCACCAGCGGAGCUGUUAUGGCUGUCCACGGUUACCCCGUCGACAAUGUCGAUGGCAAUGAUAUUCUCAAAUGGGCUAUCCAGGGCAAGCCUGCUAAGGCCGUCAUUGCUCUGGCCUACAUCUUUGUCGGAGUCUACGGCCUCACCUGGGCGCCCGUUGCGUGGAUCUACGCCAGUGAGGUUUUCCCUCUCAAGUACCGUGCCAAGGGUGUCAGUCUCGCGGCUGCCGGAAACUGGGUCUUCAACCUUGCCCUCGCCUUUUUCGUUCCUCCUUCCUUUACCAACAUCAAGUGGCAGACGUACAUGAUCUUUGGCACCUUCUGUAUUGCCAUGACCUUCCAUGCUUUCUUCUGCUACCCCGAGACUUCACGCAAGACCCUGGAGGAGGUUGACCUCCUGUUUGACGGAAACAUCCCUGCCUGGCGCAGCACCGUCGCAAGUGGAGGAUUUGAUGAGAAGGUUGAGGAGGCUAGGCGCACCGGCGCCCUGAAGGGAGGAGAUGAUGACGAGGAGAAGACGGCUCACGCCGAGACCGCCUAA